AUGAAGUUCCUCGCAACCGUCUUACUCAGCGUGGCCUCCAUCGCCCUGGCCUCGCCAGUGGAAAACCAAUCCCUUGACCAGCGCGCUCCUCAGUUGCGCAACUCUCACAUUAGCUUCCACACCAACAACGAGGACAAAGACAGCGACACCCAUGUCACAGUCACCCUCACUGAUGGUAACGGCGUGGUUGCAGCCCGCAUUAGCAACGACUUCGGUCAUUUUGAUGACAACAGUGAUGAAGGACCUUAUGCUCUGCAGAUCUUCAACGCCAGCCAGAAGGAUAUUCUCCAGAAUGGUACUCUGGCCAUCCGUAUCGACCCUAACGGCCACGAUACCUGGCGAUUUAACUUCCUUCUCGACAUGAGCUUUAGCGAUGGUAGCAAGCUCACCGGUGGUGCUAACGGUCUCGAGCUGACCCAGAACAGACGCACUCAGACCUUCGGUGUUGAUGGCAUUGUCCGAUAAGCAUCUCACAGAAUUGGGGGCUAUCUCUGAAUUGCUAACGGCAUCCAACAACCACCUGUGAUAAUGAUGCGUACGAGGACAUCGGGCCAUUAUACAAAGAUAUAAUCGAGUGUGCAAAUCAAUUGGACUAGCCUUGGCUACAGUAGUUCUAAUACUUGACCAACAAAUGUAACAAUUUCCGAUU